AUGCGCGUGGGGACGCAAACACUCAUCCAGGCCCUACAAGCUCUUCCAUGGGCCUCCGACCAGGACCACGAAGACGAUAUUACAAGCCACGAUCCAUCAGCUCUUACACUUGUAACUGACGAGGAAGAAGAGAUAUCUAAUCUUUUCCCUUUAGAUAUGGCCUCUUCGAUACACACCAUAUAUAGGCCUGUGGCCCGCUCACGGAAAAUGAGUCUUACCAGCCGGUCACGCCCACGUUUACAUGUUUCUACACUGUCCUCGACAGAAUACUCGUCCGAUGAAAUUGUGCAGUCCGAUGAGGAGCCGGACGCAGACGAUUUCGAAGAGACAACACCCAAAGCUCCUGAUCCUGCGGCACCAUCCCACCUUCAGCUCAGAAGUGUAUCCUACGCAACGCAGAGACAGCUUGGUUCGAGUAAGCUUCCUGAAGUGGUUGCCAUGAGUCGGUCUGGUCGGUCUGGAAGUAUGGCAACUGUGAGGCUACAACGGAGAACAAAGCUUGCUGAGAAGUUGCGGGAUAUCUUCGAAUUGGAUGGGAUUGAGGAAGUACAAGCUGAACUGCCGUGUUGGCUUUUACGAUCUGUUUUAUUACAGGGAUAUAUGUAUCUCACGAACAGCUUUCUAUGCUUCUUCGCGCAUAUGCCUUCCCGAGAGGAUCAAAUUCUCAAGUCAGGGUCACUCAAUAAGAAAGCACAACGCACCAAACGUUGGGUUAGGCAUUGGUUUGUGUUGAAGAACGAUGCGUUGAGCUGGUACCAGUCAUCUUCAGACCCGUACUUUCCACAUGGUAUAGUUGAUCUUCGCUAUGCUAUAUCAUGCGAACCUUCAGGAGAGCGUGGUUUUCGUGUCCGAACGAACCAAAAAUCAAUAGUGCUUUCUGCGGAUUCUGUCCCCAGUCGGGAAGAAUGGGUCAAGGCGAUAAGGAAGGUGAUGUUCAAGGCGCAGAACAUGGGUGAUACCAUUGCUAUCCCUUACUCUGCAAUCCUCGACGUUGACAAAUCGUCUGCCUUGGACUUCAGCGAGACCAUCGAGGUCAAGGUGUAUGACAAGGAAGCGCAGGAGCAAUUUUCUAUUGACUCGUUCUUCUUCGCCUAUUUCCGUGACCUACCUGCUGCACUUGACCAGAUCCGGGACGCAGUUCGUUGUCGACGCACUAAGGGAGAAGCGUCAUAUACUGUUCUCGAUACCACUGCUACGCGAAAUGUCGCAGGACCCUCAGGAUCAACUCUACCUACAUCUAUCACCAGCUCAAGCUCCUUAUUCAGAAUACCCUCCAUACUUCGUCCUUUCUCAGAAUCAAGAAUCAGCUCUUCUAGCACCACUACCUCAGCUACAGAACCUCAACACGAAGAAUUUACACAUAUCACGAAACGUGUUCAUUCAUCCUCAUUUAUACCGAUCACCACUACCCUUUCACCUACGUCUCUUGGAGACGUGGAAGAUGACUCUCUCGACACCCCUAUCGCUUCCACUAUCAUCAUCGACUCAAGACAUACAUAUCCUCCCUCAACUUCAGGUUCUCCUGUCGCAUCCACACAUCUAUCCAUACCUCAGAGAUCCGGAACAAGCAAUAGCGCAUCGAGCUCCAAUGGAAGUUCUUGGGCUGUGAACGUACCUCAUUGGCUCAAAGUACCCCGAACCAGGAACUUGUUCGGCGGUGUCGCAGAUACACUUCCUGUUAUUCCGCCAGGAGGAGAAGUUAGGGAAAUGUACACAUCAGCGGCCACCACAAGCCCUAUAUCUGCAGGAAGCAAGCUUGGCAAUGGUGGUGAUUUGACUUACAGUAUACUCGAAACACCCGAUGCACCAAUCGAUGAUGAUAUUGCUGAGAAGUUCCGAAAUUACUUUGCUUAUGACGAACGGGAGACUCUCCUAGGACAUUUUCCGGGAUACAUAUACCGCUUACUGCCGGUUUAUGGUCGUCUGUAUAUUUCCCUCAAUCACUUCUGCUUCAAGUCUUCUGGACCAUUAACUGCUCGAACAAGGAUGGCACUUCCCCUCCGUGACAUUCUCUCAGUGGAGAAGUCAAAAGCUACUCGAUUUGGACAGCAUGGUUUGAUUGUCAUUGUCAAGGGGCACGAAGAGUUGUUUUUUGAAUUCGGUGCAGAAGACAAGAGAGACGCGUUUGUCCGUCUAAUCGAACGUCAAAUUGAUGAUGUCAGACGUAGAUUAGAGGAAGGCGAAGCUUCACUCCCGACGCCUGGGCAGCGCGAUGCUCUCAUCUUGGAGGAACUUGAUAUACAUUCAUAUUCUCCAACCGCUGAAGAACAUCGCCUUUCCGCUCCCGAAAACCUGACAGACUCUUUAUUGGCGCCGAUGUUCAGCUCGUCUACGUUUUUGACUUUCAAACCUCAGAAGAGCUUGCAUUUUACAUUCUUAACUAUUGGUUCGAGAGGGGAUGUACAACCGUAUAUUGCACUAGCAAAGGGUUUGCAAGCGGAUGGACACAAGGUUCGGAUCGCAACACAUAAGGAGUUCAAAGAGUGGAUCGAAGCGCAUGAUAUCGAAUAUGGCUACGUCGGUGGAGACCCUGCAGAGCUUAUGCGUAUAUGUGUUGAGAAUGGCAUGUUCACCGUCUCAUUUCUCAAAGAGGGUCUUCAGAAGUUUCGAGGUUGGUUGGAUGAUCUUCUCAAAACUGCUUGGGAAGCUUGUCAAGGAACAGAUGUUUUGGUGGAGAGCCCUAGUGCAAUGGGAGGCUACCAUAUAGCUGAAGCACUUGCGAUACCUUACUUUAGGGCAUUCACUAUGACAUGGACUCGAACACGUGCCUAUCCUCAUGCGUUUGCUGUUCCCGAGCGCAAGAUGGGUGGUAGCUACAAUUACAUGUCCUAUGUCAUGUUCGAUCAAGUUUUCUGGCACGCUAUUUCUGGACAAAUUAACAGAUGGAGAAGGAAUAUCUUACAUAUUGAGAGUACUAAUCUUGACAAGAUGGAGCCACACAAGAUUCCAUUCUUGUAUAAUUUUAGCCCAAGCGUAGUACCUCCGCCUUUAGAUUGGCCUGAAUGGAUACGGAUAACAGGGUACUGGUUCCUUGAUGACGCCGACGUGGGUUCGAAGAAAUGGACACCCCCAGAAACCCUGUCCAAAUUUAUCGACACCGCACAUUCUGCUGGCAAGAAAGUGGUUUACAUCGGGUUUGGCAGCAUCGUCGUGUCCGAUCCCAUAGCUAUGACCAAAUGUGUCGUUGAGGCUGUCGUGCAAAGCGGAGUAUGUGCUAUCCUGUCAAAAGGGUGGUCAGAUCGGCUACACGUCAAGUCUGGAGAUGCAGGAAAUGUAGAAGAACCCUUACCUGAUCAAAUCUAUCCUAUCAGCUCUAUCCCGCAUGAUUGGUUAUUCCAGCGGAUUGAUGCUGCAUGCCAUCACGGAGGUGCUGGUACUACUGGAGCUAGUCUUCGAGCGGGAAUACCAACGAUUAUCAAACCGUUCUUUGGUGACCAAUAUUUCUGGGCGGAUAGAGUCGAAGCACUGGGAGUCGGUUCUGGUGUCAGGAGACUCACGGUCGACUCGCUGACAGAAGCGCUUCGCGUUGCUACGACAGACUCUAAACAGAUAUCUCGUGCAAACGCAUUGGGAGAACAGAUUCGCAAGGAAAACGGUGUAGACACUGCUAUUGAGUCCAUCUAUCGUGACUUGGAAUACGCACGGUCAUUAAUCAAGCGGCCAAUCGAGCUUGACAGCGACGGAGGGGUCACUGAUAUCGAAAAUUCUACCAUUCGACAACCGCCUUCGAGUGCAGAACCCAAGUCCGGCUACAGUUCCAACGGAUCCGUUCAUGGCGCUCCCAGUGACUGGAGUGUCAUUUCCGAGAGCGGUGAUCCUAGUCGAAGGUCAUCCAUUAGCUCAACGUUUAGCGGAACCUCCGAUGAUCGACCCAGCAAGCGUUCUAGCAUUGCAGCUGCCAUGCUUUCUGUGCUACCCAAUUCCUUAACACCCGGAUCCCCUCGCAAGCGAACUAUUUCAACGCCUUCACAAUCUUAA